AUGAUCCCAGAGGGCCUGCAGGAUGAUACGGUUGACGACAGCACCGACUAUUCGGACGGUGGCUACUCUCAACUCAUCGCAGACUACAACGAAGAUGACACCCAAGAAACUAUCGUAGUUCCGCCAUCGCUCGAGCCCCCCAAACGAGCAUCUACCCCCGAGCCCACAAAACAGCAUGAAACUCCAAUCGCUCUUGGCAAACGCACUUUCGCAGAGGCUAGGUUGGCCGAGUCGCCGUCCAGCAAUGCACGUAGCCCGAAGAAACAACAUAUCUCCAAUGGCAAAUUGCCUCAUUCCACCUCACCCUCAACUCCCAGGCGAUCGAUGGUAGAUAUCGUCACAGACGCUCUUCGAGAGCAGCCGGAUACGAACAACGCCUCUAGUUCCAGCCGCAGACAAUCCGUGCUGAACGCAAUCAUAGAAGCCCGCCGCCCUGAGCCACGAACGCCAUCUCAUAACACUGGAAUCUCACCUUCGAGUAGGCCCUCGAGUAGUCGGCACCCUGACCAUCGAGCCUCCGCGAACAAAACUAGUAUAGAGACGCCAGAGUCACUUCCACGCCCCCGAACUCCACGCCCAUCUUCCCCUGAAAACCAAAUGCCCGUGGCCAAUGAAUUCCCCCCAUUUGAAAUUGUGGCGCAUGACGAGCUGGUUCAGAAAUGUGAGGGCUUUCGGAACCUACCUUGGGGGGUACGAUGGGAGAUAGGACGCCUCGUCAUGCAAAAUAAAUUGAUGGUAGAAGAUCUCACACCGGAGAAGUUAGAGUUGCUUCAAGGGAGUAACGAGGUCAUAGCCCCGCUGGUCGAGCAGAAGUUGAAAGGUUCUAUGCCCCUCAUAUCUGCCCGUCUGCCCCCUCCUGAUGAACAAGCCAAGGGUCCAUGGCGAGCAUUUGAUAGAGAGGAAGCAGCUUUCAAGCGGGAUGACCAGUUCGGUCAUCCCGCCAAUGAGGUACCCGCUCCCGACUUGCAGUUCAGAUAUCACGGCAGAGUGCAGUUUGCGGGGAGGUUGAUCUUUGCGGAUAAGAAGAACAAAUCUGGGAAGCUGCGCUUCAUUCUCGAGAAACCUGAUCUUGGCUCUUCUUCCCGGUUCACUCGAAGGUUCGGUUCGGACUGGUUGAUUCGAGUUCGCUACAAUAGAGACAUCAGAUCAUCGAGAGUUUAUGAGUUUUGCAUGAGACCGUUGAUCAUUUUCGACCGCGUCUAUCGCGCCUUCUAUGCAAGCAAGGACCAGAACGUCUUCUUUGCUUCUACAAACGAGACGUUCAUCAAUGGAGAGGUUGUUACCAUUCCGGAGACGAGCAGACGUCUUAGUUUACAUAGCCUCUUGCAGUGGCACAAUCCCAUAGAGCUGAACAGUAAUCAGACAAUUGCAAAGUGGGCGGCACGUAUCCCUCUUGGUUUAUCGAACUCGGUUCCCGGUCCAAAGCUGGAAUGCAAUCAGAUCAGAUUGGAACCAGAGAUCAUAUCUUCUUCAUGGAACCCCUCUAUGGGGCCUAAGCCUCCCUCCGAGAUGGAAAUGACGGACGGCUGUGGAUUCAUCAAUCAGACUGCCCUGCAAGAAUUACAUUCGAAUAAAUUCUGGGACUCCAUUCCUGUCGCUAUUCAAGUCCGAGUGGCCGGGAAUAAGGGCCUCUUGACUAGACAUCCCAGCAAUGACGCGAACUACCUGAAAUAUCCUUGUAUCUGGGUUCGACCGUCUCAGACAAAGAUUCACUACUCCGACCAAGAUUUGGCGCAUGAGCCAGCUAAAAGAACAAUCGACGUGUUGCGCGCAUCGCACAUGCGUAGCGGUAUCCAGGCGUCAAAGGAAGUGCUCGUCAAUUUCGCUGAAAACGGCGUCCCCCAUGAGAUUCUUUCCCGUCGAAUGCGAGAAUCCUUGGAAGAGCUCAUGGAGCAACUUCUUCAAUGGGACGAUAUGCUCCAAUUAUAUCGUCUUGUAUUCAAGGAAGGUGGCAUUCUUGGUGCACGCAUGGCACGAGAAGCAGCAGGGGAGGCAAGAGUUCGCGGAUAUCGUGCGUAUGACAAUGAAGAUGAUGACAAGGAGGAGGACGAGAGAAUCAGCGAGGAGACCGUUUGUUAUUUUCUGGAUUCGGGCUUCACGCCGCAAAAUAACGCCAUCCUUGCCGAGAAGCUGAAGGAAGUCAUCACGAAGGCCAUGAAGAAACGGAUUGCAAGAUGUAAAGUGGAGAUUCCAAUGUCAUGCUCCGCAUGGAUUAUUCCCGAUCCCACCGGCACCCUGAAGGAAGGCGAAAUUCACAUCAGGUCAUCAGCGCCAAACUUGAAAGGCCAGGAUGGACAACUUACUGAACAAGUGCUAGGUCCUGUGCUUGUAUCGCGCCACCCGUGCAAACUUCCGACAGACGUCCAGAAGGUCACUGCCGUCUAUUAUUCUCAGCUUGAGAAGUACGUCGAUGUGAUAGUCUUCUCCACCAAGGGCUGCCGUAGCCUCGCCAGCAUGCUCGGCACCGGCGAUUACGAUGGAGACAAGGUCGAAGCCGUGUGGGACCCAGAGAUUGCCGGACCUUUCCGAAAUGCCGACCCCAAAUUCGCAGACCCUCCGCCAGACCUCAUGAAGAAUUUCAAGAAACAGAAUGAGACUGUCGCAGAGUUCCUCAAACGCACCGAGAAGAUGUCUCCCGAGCAGCGUAUGGAGGCCUUGCAAGCGGUUCUUCUGGGAGCUCUGCGCGAUCCCAACGUCGUCGGGAUAUACUCCUGCAUGCACGACAAUUCAAUCUACGUACGCGGCUAUGCUCACCCGGACACUCGAAGACUCGGAAAUAUGUUUGCCGAGAUUCUCGACGGAGGGAAGACCGGUCUGACCGUCGACGAGGAAGUCCGCAAAAGGGAUUAUGCCGACCUCGAUUGUGGCUCCAGUGUGACACCACUGUGGAAGACCUGGUCAACCCAGACACUGAAGCACGGAAACACCUCGAACAAACUAGCAAGACGUACCAAGGGUACCUUCAUCAUGGACUUCAUACAAGGUGAAGCACAGAAGCUUCACAAUCAGUGGAUGCCGAGGGUGAGCGAGAGGUUCACGGGAUUGCGCAAGACCCGCGACGAGGAUCUGAUCAAGCCCUACUACGACGCUCUGGAUUGUGUGGAGAGGAGUGGUAUCGCCCGGAUAGCAGAAGAACUGAAGAUGAUUGAGAAGCACGUACAUGACGCGCGGAUCCUCUCGGGUAAGAUGAUGAAACUGUCCUCGGAGCUUGCUUUAGCGACUUUGCGGGACACCUCCUCGCCAGCAUUACAGGCCAAUCGCAAUGGAAAGGCCCCCUUCACCCUCCUGCCAAUCGAAAUCCGACAGGACAUCUUGAAAGCCCACUCGAAGCAUUUCGUUAGCUCUCCUGAGCCGAGUACAAUGAUUUUCUUCAGAAGUGACGAGAUCGCGCAAAUUCGGGCUUCAUACGCAUACAUCCACGAUUGGGAGAUGAAGAUGAGUCGCCAUCCUUGGAACGUAUCGAUGCGGGUACUUUGCGAGAUCAAGGCGAAGGCGUCGAAGGAGUACAAGGUCCUUACCGGUACCUUUUAUGAGCAUAUGUCGAUCCCGAAGGCGGCGACUCUGAACUCCCUCGCUUUGGCCGAGGAGCUCGACAUCUCUCUCGUCCCUCAGAUGUACCGGUGUAUUUAUGCAUGUCUGUCGACGACAGUCGAAGGCGAGUUCCUGCAGGCCGUGACGUUACUAGAAUCGAUCCUUUCGCCGGUGGAUCCCAAGGAUGAGAACACCACGCGAUUCAUACUAUUUCAGCAGCCUCCAGACUGGAUCGGAUCCACAACACGACAGUCGUCACUACUCGUCGAUCUGUGUUCCUCGAAGACGUAUGAGCCGACUAUGAAGAUGCUCGAGCGGAUGGCCAGGAUUCCCGGGAAUGGACUUGUAGAUACACCCGAAGGCCGUGUUCGCGACUAG